GUGAGACCACAAAGGAAGAGAAGACAUGAAAACGGCUGUGCUGCUGUCCCUGGUGCUCAUUUUGGAGAAUGCACACUCCCAGCUUGCUGAAACCAACUGUAAAUAUUUUGCAAACGCUCUACCUCCCAGGCUCCGGGAGCUCAGGGCCACAUUUAACAGGGUUAAAGAAUAUUUUCAAACCCAAGAUGAGGAGCUUGACAUCAUGCUGCUAAAAGAGGAUUUACUGGAGGAUUUUAAGGGUUACUUGGGCUGCCAGUCAGUGGGAGAAAUGAUCCAGUUUUAUCUGGAAGACGUCUUGCCAAAUGUAAGCUCGAGCAAUACUAUCAACCAAGAUGUAGACUUUCUUGGAGACUUGCUGCUGGAACUGAGACAGUUAAUCAAGCGCUGUCACAGAUACUUCAUAUGUGAAAAGAAGAGCAAGACAAUAAAGGACAUCAAAGACACUUAUAAAAAGUUACAAGACAAAGGCAUCUAUAAAGCAAUGGGAGAAUUCGACACCUUCAUUAACUACAUUGAAGAGUAUCUUAUGAUGAAGAUGAGAAGAUGAAACUAUAAGACUUUGGGGUUUUUUUUUCCAAUGGAGAAACUGUUAUUUAUAAUAUGCUAUA